CAAGCACUUGUGCGGCUCAACCACGAAGAAGAAAACUAUCCAAUCAAAACAUUUUCAGGAAAACUGUCGGCUAUUUGAAAUCGCUUUGCUUGUGUGUUGUUGUUUUUUUGCCAUUUUUACAACUUUUAUCCGCAAAUGGAGCUUUUUAACGAAAGUGAUACAUUUAAGAUGUACUUUUGCGAGAAUAGGUUAAAAACUUUUGAAGGGUGGCCAUUUGACGAAGACUGCGCCUGCACACCGGAAAACAUGGCAAAGGCUGGCUUCCUUUACACGCCUGUCGACAACAGCCCAGAUGCUGCCACGUGUUUCUUCUGCCUCAAGGAGUUGGAGGGCUGGGAGCCGGACGAUGACCCACAGAAAGAGCACAAAUCGCAUUCACCCUCGUGUCACUUCUUGGCCCUGAAGAAGAAAGUAGAGGAGCUGCCUUUGAACGAGUUCUUGAAGCUCCACCAGGCGAGGCACAAGCGCCUCAUCAGCAAAAACUGUAACGAGGCCGUCGACAAGUUUGAGGUGGCUGCAAGAUUGGUGAAAUCGGAAAUUCUCAAGAUGGAAAUGGGCAAAUAAGACAUUGGGGACGGCGUGGCGCAGUGGAAGAGUGGCCGUGCACAACCCGAGGGUCCCUGGUUCAAUUCCCACCUAGUACCAACUUCGUCACGUCCGUUGUGUCCUGAGCAAGACACUUCACCCUUGCUCCUGAUGGGUCCUGGUUGGCGCCUUGCAUGGCAGCUCCCUCCAUCAGUGUGUGAAUGUGUGUGUGAAUGGGUAUGUGGAAGUAGUGUCAAAGCGCUUUGAGUACCUUGAAGGUAGAAAAGCGCUAUACAAGUACAACCCAUUUAUCAUUUAUUUAUUUAAAAAAAACAAAUGUGUAGGUUUUAGAUUGAAGUGUUUUAAGAGCAUAUGAAAUAAGAGCAUUUGUAUGCUGCAUAGAUGGUUUAAAAUACUUUAAAUGCAUGAUGUUAAUCAAAACAGCCAACCUACUAAAAAUCACCUACCACAGGAGUGUCUGCAACAUCGAUUUUAUUGUUUAUAGUUAAAAAUGUUGAAUAUAUCAAGGUGAAUAAACACUGUAAAGAUC